AUGUCCUUUAGCAUCGUCUUUCGCGAUAUAAGAAAACUCAGCGAGGUCGUUGGCCAGCUUCUGACUUAUUCCAAUGUGGAAAUCUCCUCCAUCGAUUGGAGUUUGAGCGAGGCCACUCAGAAAGCCCUGGGCUCACAAGUUCGCAGGGAGGUCAUUCAUGAUGCAGUCACUAAGGCAAAUGAUUAUGCCGCUGAGGUUGGACGAGAAGUAUACGCGGUGGAUAUCAUGGAUGGAGGGCAGAACGCUACCAUGCAACAUGCACCGGUAGGGAGAUCUCUUUUUGGUUCUGCUCCAGCACCAUCUGGUGGAGGUCUUUUUGGCGGUGGUGCUACUGUUGGAUUUGGAGCCACUACUCCUCAGGCCUCUCAGUCAUCUGAGAUGCUGAGCCUAAGUCCCCAAAAUAUCAAAUUUACGAGCUCGGUGCACAUUGAAUUUCAGUCGUACCCGGAAAAGUAA